GGCAGACCUAAACCGCUGUAACUUGGCUGUAGCUAUUUGUCUUUUAGGUUGCAUUACCUGGACAGCAGCUGUAGAUAUUAAACAAAAAUAUAAGAUAACUAUCAGUAAGGAGAAGAUGUGCUUUGAUGAGGCGGCAGCGUACUGCACGAAAAAUAAUAUGAAACCGCUCAUUUUGGAUUCAAAAGAAAAGAUUCAAGAUAUUCAGCAAUAUUUUAAUUCAAAGGGUGACAAAGCUGAAUAUUAUGCACCUGGCGGAUUAAAGUGUUUUGAUGGGUUAGGAGUGAAAAUUUGCAAUAUAGGUGCAGCGACGCUUACAAAAGAUGACAAGAAAGUCAAGAGAAAAGUAUUAUGCUGCAACGAAUAAUCUGAAAUAUAUAAAAACAUUAUUAUAAUUUACUACUAAGUUUGUGUAAUUUAAUAAAACCAUGGUUAUUCGGCUUUAA